UAAUUUUUCUGAAGGUCUAGGUGUCACAUUUUUUUCUUGUGGAAUUUUCUUAAAUUUUCCCUCAUAUUGGAAAACUAAUAGAGUUAAGAUUUUCUUAUAUUGGAAAAUUAAUUGAGUUAAGCAAACAUAGUUUUAUGGAUCUAAUAAUGACCAGUGCAGUAAUAAUCAACUUCUGCGAUAAUUUUUUUUGAAUUUUUUUAUUCCACAUUUAUACUGAUUAGAGGUCUAUGUUCAAUUAUUCAUAUUGGGAAAUUUUGCAAGAAUCUUAUUUAUCCUUGAAAGUUAAAUGGCUUUAGCACAUGGUCAUGCAGAAGGGGCUCAAAUCACACUUUUUACCCAAGACUUAUCUUAUGAUGGUCUUUUUUUUUUCUCCCUUUGUGUCUUCAUGGUGAAGGAAGCCUUUCUGUUUAUUUAUGUUUAUUUGUUUAAAAUGGGCUUGAAAUUGGCUAUACGGAUAUCUUAGUUUUAUAGUUUUGCAGGUAUAUUGCAUAUUUAGUUAUGCUUUAUGGAUAUCUAUACAUAUGAUUGUAGCUCUUUGUCCUCACCCUUUUUUGGAAGGUAUGGAAUUUACCAGUGCUGCCUUCUAUGUUCGGCCACAUUUUUAUCAUUUAUUUUGAGUAGCGUAAUUAGCACUCUGUCUGCUAGUGUAAAACAACUGAGAAGGCAUUAGGUUGAAUAAUUCCCUAUGAGGGCAUUAUGCGUCAAAUGGUACUUUUGUUUUUCUUUUGAAUUCAAACUACCUAUUUUAGCUUGUUGUAAAUAUUUUGUGGAUUAAACUAAAUGCCAUUAGUUUAGAUUUAUAACUGUUUGCUGGUUUGUAGAAUUAAAAUUUUUGUUCAGAUUAUUGUUAAAUGUCACAGGCCGAAACAGCUUUAAGCUAGGGUAUUUAUUCAUUAAAUCCUUUUUGUGCAGAUCAUAUUACAAUUCCUCCUUGAAUUUGCUAUGACUCAGAAUAACUUUUUAAUAUAAUUAGAAGUUCAAUAUUUGGAAGGCGCAAUUGAAAAUUGUGGAAGUUAUUUUCUCAACAGCUGAAAUGUUAUGAUGCCAAGUUACAGAUGUGGGUGCAUUAUGGUGAGAUAACUUGGCUUUCAUAAGAUUUGAAGUGUUUGAUAUUGACGUAGACCUGCUGCCAAUAAAUGCUAUUGGAAUUAAUUGCACUUUGUUAUUCUUGUUAUAUUUGUGGGAAAACACAUACAUGCAGUUGUAAUAAUGCAUCAAGUUCCGUGUUGCAUGCAUAGUGGGAUUAUAUAUUUUUAAAAUGUGAUAGAUUUCUUAAAUUUCUUUUGAGCAGUUGAUUUUUAACUUGUGUGCAGGCAUAUAACAUCAAUCAUGCAUGUUGCAUGGCUGUCUGACUGUAACUUUUGCUUUUUUCCUUGUCUUGCCACUGGUCUAUCUUAUUAUGACAGUUUCGUUCCUUCGGAUUGGCAUUCUUCUUCAAGUACAUACAUGUUCAUGAGGGUAUUGAAGCAUUUUGUUUGAUUAGCCAUCUAUAACUUGGUUUCACUAAAUACACUGCCACAAUCACUUGUUUAGCCAUCUUUCUUUUUUCCUCAAAAUUUCCUUUUCUUGUCUUGAGUAUAUUUGUUUGAUGGGUAAUGUCAUAUAAUCCCUGUGCUUUCCUCUUGAUAGACAAUGGUAGCUCUGGAAGUCAUAGUUUAAUAGAGAUUGCUGGUGUUUUCCUAGAAUAUUUUGGGCCUGAAUGAAAUGAUCUUUCUGUGUUUAACUAGUGUUAAGUGAGAAGUCUGAUUACAGUUGAUUUUAUGUGACCAGUUAAAAUGUAAAAUAAACAAAUUGCUGGCAUAGUUAAAAAACCAACAUUGGUCUCUGACCAGCUGUCCCAAACCUCUACCCACUCCUCUCUUUCACAGUUCUUAAUGACUUUGUAACUUAGGAGGCACCAUAUGAAUUAAUCAGUAAACUUUCAGUUUUAAAUGAUAUUAAUGUCAUUUGUUUGCAAUCCAACGAAAAUUGGGUUGUGCACCCUUUAUAUGCUGCUGCCUGACCAUCAUGCAUGCCUUCCAGUAUAUUUUCCUGGGAUUUGUUGCUCCUUUAUGUCAGCAGGUUUCUGACUUAAAAACCACAAUCCGUUUAUUGUAGUUUGGGAGAUAUGAGGUAAACUUUAUCGUGAACAUGGCUUCAUGGUCAUUAUUCUUGUUUUCUUUUCAUGACCUUUUGUUUCUUUGUUUGAUUUUUUUUUUUUUUAUUUUGAAUUUGAAAUGUUUGUUAAAGAAAUCUCAUGGUGAUGAUGCAAGUCUGAUUUAUUUGAUUAGGUCACUUGGUUAUGAUAAUACUGUUUCUGCUGAUUGUUUUAUGUGCCUUUAACCAUUCUGUGGCAUUUGGGACUGCUAUGUUAUCUCUAUUUCAGCUGUAAAAGCAGGGUGGAAGUUAUGUCUGAGCAGCUGGCACAAUAAGGAUGCGUGAUCCAUAUGUUGAGGAAUCUGAUAUGGGCGACAUCGAAACAUGAUGUAUACCUGAUGCAAAACUACUCUGUAAUGCAUUGGUCAUCCCUUCUAAGGAGGGGGAAGGAAGUAAUGAAUGUAGCUAGUCAGAUAGUGCCCGCGGUGAAGCACCCAGGAUCAUUGUCCCAAUCACUCUCAAGAGUGCAAAUAAGCACUAUGGCUGUCAAAAACAAUUUAUUGGUGGCAGGUGGUUUCCAUGGGGAGCUUAUAUGCAAGUAUUUAAACCAUUCCGGAGUUGCAUUCUGCACAAAAUUGACCACAGAUGAUAAUGCUAUUACUAAUGAAGUGGAUAUAUACCACAAUCCCGGUGGCUCAAUGAGAAUUAUGGCUGCAAACAAUGAUGCUCAAGUGAGGGUUUUUGAUACCGAGAACUUCACUUGCCUUAAUUGCUUUUCCUUUGCUUGGUCUGUAAAUAACACCUCUGUUAGUCCAGACGGUAAAUUGUUUGCUGUUCUUGGUGACGAUCCAGAGUGCUUGAUUGCUGAUGCUCAGUCUGGGAAAGUUGUUGGGAACCUGAAAGGGCAUCUAGACUAUUCAUUUUCUUCAGCUUGGCACCCGGAUGGUAGAAUCCUGGCAACUGGGAAUCAAGAUACUACCUGCAGGCUCUGGGACGUUAGGAAUCUAUCGGAGUCCUUGGCUGUGCUCAAGGGGAGGAUGGGUGCAAUUAGAGGCUUGAGGUUCAGCACAGAUGGCCAGUUUAUGGCCAUGGCUGAGCCAGCUGACUUUGUUCACGUCUUCGAUACAAAGUCCAGUUACACCAAAGGACAGGAGAUUGAUCUGUUUGGUGAGAUUGCUGGAAUUUCUUUCAGCCCAGAUACAGAAGCACUGUUUGUUGGAGUUGCAGAUCGUACAUAUGGAAGCUUGUUAGAAUUCAACCGGAGGCAUUAUAAUUACAAUUAUCUGGACUCCAUUCUAUAGGGGAGUGCAACCUAAGAGCUGGUUGGGGCAGAUGGAUGUGUAUAUUUUUGUGUAGGUUUUCUGGAAGUGAAGUGUGAUGCCAGUGUUGGAAAUGAUGUGCCUAGCAGAUGGGGUUUUCUUAUCGGACCAAGAGUUGUUAAUAAGUCUUUCCCCUUUUGGAUUACCUGAGCAGCAUCAGGCCUUGCCGUAGUGGAUGAGCUGUUCCAGUGGGUACUGAGUUUUACAGGGCAGGAUAAACUUUGCUUUGUGUACAAAUCUUUGUGGUUCAACGUGCGUAUUUGACUUGCCGUGAUUUAAUUCAUUUUUCAGGCCACAUAAAUACAACACACUUCUUUUUUCUUUUUU